UUUUUCUCCCCUCUCUUCGCCCCCCGUUGCUAUGGUGUCGCGGCUCUACGUGCCGCUGUGGGCAGUGGUGGCGGCGACGGCGCUGCUGAGCCGGCUGGCGCUGGCGGUGGGGCCGGUGGUGCGGUGCGACCCGUGCGACUCCCGGGCGUUGGAGCAGUGCAAGCCCUUGGCGCCCGAGUGCCCGGAGCUGGUGCGGGAGCCGGGCUGCGGCUGCUGCCUGACGUGCGCCUUGCAAGAAGGGCGCCCGUGCGGCGUGUACACCGAGCGCUGCGGCUCCGGCCUCAGCUGCCGGCCCCGAAGCCACGAGCAGAAGCCCCUGCAGGCGCUCCUCGACGGCAAGGGGCUCUGCGCCAACGUCAGCGGCGACGCGGCGGUGGCCGGAGGAGGCGGAGGAGGAGGAGGAGGAGGCAGCAGCUCCGCCAGCAGCAGCAGCAGCAGCGCCGCCGGCAGCAGGUUCCGCGACCUCCUCCUGCGAAGCACCCACGGGCCAGGGAAUUCCAGUGAUUCAGAGGAAGACCAGAACAUCAGUAGCACAGAGAACCAGUCUGUCCCCCCAACACACAGGCUGUUCGAUUCCAAGUCACAUGCCCACCACACCAAAAUAGAUGUCAUCAGGAAAGAGCAUACCAAAAAUACCCAGCGCUACAAAUAUGAUUCACAAAGCACAGACACACUGAAUUUCUCUUCUGAGUCUAAACAGGAGACUGAAUAUGGUCCUUGCCGGAGAGAAAUGGAAGACACGCUAAACAACCUAAAGAUUCUGAACGUCUUAAGUCCAAGAGGAUUGCAUAUUCCAAAUUGUGACAAGAAGGGAUUCUACAAGAAAAAACAAUGUCGUCCAUCCAGAGGCCGAAAGAGAGGCUACUGCUGGUGUGUAGAUAAAUAUGGGCAACCACUCCCUGGAUAUGAUGGAAAGGGGAAAGGAGAUGUUCAUUGCUACAAUUUAGAAAGCAAAUGAGGAACCUUCACCCUCUUCCAUGGAAUCUGUGUGUGGCAUCUUGACCCGUCAGAGGCCUUGGAGUGACUGGGAUAUAUAGCAUAGACUGCGUUGGACUUGGGAGUUCCGAGUUGUGCCCCCUACUUAUAUUAGGGGAUUCAAUGACUCUGUGGACGCUGCAGCUGCAUCCUGCCACUGACACACUUCCAGCUUUCCAUAGAUUUACACAGGGAGCUCUGAAAUCCCAAAUAAAUCUGCACUAUUGAUCCCCAGAAAGAAUAAAAAAGGCACUUCAGAAUGGAUUCAGGGAGUCUCCACUGACUUUGUUUUUUGUUUGUUUGUUUGUUUGUUUUUAAAUAACGGCCUGUGACCAAUUUGAUCCCGAAAGAUAACUGUAUUUUUAUUUUGAAGAAUUUAUAGACUGUAAGCUUUGUAAAGAUAUUAAAGACAUUGGGUGUGACCCAAACCAAGCUAAGCACUUUGAAGUCACACAGAUUUCAGUUGGAGAGUUAAGCAUGAGCUCAGUUCUCUCCCGUUGAAAUUAAAGGAGCGUAGAUUGGCUUCACUUGGGUUGGAUCACAGUCAAGGUUUUAAAUUUUAAGCUUUUUUUUGGUUUUGUUUUGUUUUGAUACAGGUCUGACGGGAAACUUAUCUUCACGGGUAAUUUUUUUUUUUUUAAAAAAAAAAAAGCUUAAAGAACUUUUAAAAAGAAACAUGUUUCUACAUGGCUAUUUUUUCCCUGUAAAAUAUACUGUAUUAUGAAUAUUCUGUUAGUCUGUAUUUAAUAUAAUUGUUUUUUAAUAAACUAUUUAAAUGUAACAUAUGAAUAUCUAUGUUACAUUGUCA